CGUUUCCUUGGAUUUGGCUACAUCCAAACACUCUACAAAGCGGUGAUCUCUCUACUUAAAUGUUACAACUAAGCAGCACCAUACCAGUCAGGUCGUCCUUGCAAUCAAUUGCUGUGCGGAUGGCGACACUUUGAAUUGCCAAACCCUCUCCCCAAACACUACCUUACCUUGGCUAGCUCUACUUCUUCCCCCAAUCUCAUCUCUCUCGGAUUCAGACAACUAAAGAAACAAAAAUUUAGUUUCUUAAUUCCUGCAACUUCAAUUUCGAAUGCUAUGGAGAUGAAGAACAGUUGCAUUGGCACUCUACUUCUCCUCCUCCUCCUCCUCCUCGUCGCCGUGCCGGCCUUCUCAAUAGGGAGAUUGCAUGCAAAAAAUAUGGGGACAGAGAUUUACGACAUUGAUUACAGAGGUCCAGAGACCCACAGCUACAUUCCACCACCGAAUCGGGCCGGUCCCCGGCCCAGAAUCCAUUACCAGACCAGCAUGGCCCGUCGGAGAUCCAAACUCCGCAAUGACAGACCGAAUGGAAAGAAAAUUGAGGUUUGAUGAAAGGGCUCUGUAAUGUUGUACUGUGACUAGUUUGGAUGAAGAUGCAGAUUCAGAUAUCUUGUCUUUGUGAUUUAUAGUGUAAUGUUUAUUGCAAGCCAUAUAUAUGUAGGGGACUGUAAUCAUUCAACAGCUCUGUUUUGCAUUUUAUUACACAAAAAUUUAUGUUAUAUACUGGAUUCUGGAUUUUCCUU